AUAGCAAAUAUCAACGAUCUCGUAUUAUCAAGAGAACAAGCUCAAUCUUGAAACACAUUUUUGGACAGUUCAGUCAUAUUGAUUUAAACGGAGGGAAUUAAAGUAUAAGCACAGUUCUAUAUCACAUUUGUUUAAAAUGGAAGUCGCUGGCAGGAAAUCGGAAUCAGAGGAAGGAACUUCAAGAGAUGAACGUGUGUUUUGCGAGCCGUGUCAAGUUGAAAACACGAAAACUAAAGCAAAUGGAGCCUGUCGAGAAUGUAAAGAGUACAUGUGUACUACAUGCUUCCGGCAUCACCUGAAGAGUAAACUAUGUAGAAAUCACGUGUUACUUCCCGCAGGAGAGUUGUCUUCAAUGUCGUUGGACAGCAGUACAGAAGACGAAGCUAAAUGUGAGAAGCACGAUAAUGAACCCAUAAAGUUCUACUGUCAUACACAUGAUAUUGUUGGAUGUGGCGACUGUAUAGUGUUAGAGCAUGCAACUUGUAAGCCAAAUUAUAUCAAGGACCUAGCAAAAACAUUUAAAGAUGGAGAUGAAUUCAAAAUCGUAAUUGCGAAACUGAAAAUGUUUGAAUCGUAUAAAAAGAAAAAUGGGGAAACAAUUCAAAAGAAUAAGGAUGAAGCUGAAUUGAUGUAUGAAAGAACUCUAAAGGAAAUUCGGCAGUUCAGAUCAGAUAUAAAUUUCUAUUUGGACAAGGCAGAAGCAAGUAUGUUAUCUCAGGUAGAGCAGCUAGCCGCGGAAAACACAAAAAUGCAGAGAAAGCUCGAACAAGACGUAAAGUCUUUGACAUCAGAACUUGAGGAAAUAAAACAAAAGCUUAACAUGCAGGUGCAUCAUGGAAAUGUAUUGUUUAUCAACACAAUUAGGUGUAAGUCUAAACUCUGUGACCUUGAAAAGAUGAAUGCAAAAAUAAAGCAAGAACAUAUCUUGAAAAGGUUUCAGUUUAUCCGCGACGAUAAUUUCGCAGGAAUAUUACAAGCUCUCCAACAACUUGGUAAACUGAGAAUUGAUUCCGAUGUCGAUGGAAGUAAACAUGAAAAUACAAAGUCUGGAAUACAAAAAGCUGCACGCCUGUCUGGACAUCAAGGAACUAGAAAACCGAAAUCAACCGACUUUGUUGUAGGUGCACGUGUACGUCGGGGUCCUGACUGGAAAUGGGAAAACCAGGAUGGUGGGGGACCAGGUACUGUGAUAGGUGUUCGAUCAGGCUGGGCAGUUGUGACUUGGGAUAAGGGACAGUCAGGGCGCAAUUACAGGAUAGGAAAAGAUGGUGCCUUUGAUCUAGAGCUCAUAUAAUUCUGAUUUGUGAUGAUGGUUUUUCAGCUUUAUUAAUGUAAUAACAAAUUUUAAAUCUCAACUAUCAUAACAUCUUGAAGAAACGGGAGAUAUUGAGUUCGUUUACAUCCUAGGCAGUUGCCUCCCUUUAUAGAAUCCAGACAUUCAAGCAGGAUGUUUUCUUCUUUGAUAAAAUUACUAGGUUCAAUAUUUUCCCAAGUAAUAAGGCUGAAAAAUAUAUGCAAGUGUAUAUGACUUCAUAAUGAACGUAUAUGAUUCACUGAAGAGAAUCAAUUAAACCGAGUCUGUUUUGUUUUUUUUGCUUUGUAGCGUUCUUUUAUUCCAUAGAAACUUUCAGAUUUCAUGGGCAGGUGGGUUUUGGUUAUCUAUAAAAACAAAGUCGCUGCUUGUCCUUUGAUACAAGGAAUUAGUUUAAAGCCGCACGUCUCCAGAUUUAUGUGAAAUGCUUACAUUAAUAAGUUAUUGCAUUAAACAAUAAAAGCGGGCCCGUGUAAAAUGACUUUGAAUUUACCCAAUGACAAGCCAGUCACUAUUAAUUAGUUAGGAUAACUUGGCAUUCCAACUUUCGUCCCCUCCCCUGUCCCCAAUCCCCUCUGUCCUACAUAACCUCCCUAAAUAUUUUAUACUUAAAAUGGGAUUAUUUGUUCUUACUUAGAACUGGAAUUUAAAGAUUUUUAGAAACACUUGCGUCAUGUGUAAAUAUUUGAUAAUUCAUAUAUGUCUCUGUACAAUCAUAUGUUGCAUAUGUAACUUGAGUUAUUAAAGUUAUGUGCUGUUCUGUUAUAUAAAGUACAUCUGUGCCAUUUAGGAACUUUUUAUCUGUGAAAACACUC